UAUCGAUGUCGGCGGGGUGAUUUAUACAUCAUCCAUGGAGACGCUGACUGUCAGGUUCCCGGACUCCCGCCUUGGCAGGAUGUUCUCUGGCGCCAUACCGCUGGUGCUGGACAGCCUGAAGCAGCACUACUUCAUCGACCGUGAUGGCGGAAUGUUCCGCCACAUCCUGAACUAUCUCAGGAACUGCCGGCUGAUCCUGCCCAACAACUUCGCUGAUUAUGACCUCCUGGUCACUGAGGCUGAAUAUUUCCAGCUACACCAAAUGGUGGAGGACUUGGGACGCUGGAAAGCAGCUCGUGAACCGAAGGUGAAAGUUGAGUGGGACGCCCGCCCCGCCGAGCCGGAACCUCAAGCGCAGUAAGCGGUAAGUGGAACUAAGGCGACGUACCCACGUGAAUUAUUUUUCAAGAUUUUUCGACCCCUUUCUGUAACCACUCGUAGUAUAUGCAGAGAUCACUCUUCCUUUAAGUUCUUAGG